UCUAUGACACUUUCUAGUGUCUGUUGGCGAAGAACAACUGUUUUGGCCGUAUUUUGUCGUAAUUUUACGGCCAUGUGUGGUCAUAUAUUCGUGUUCUACAAAAUUUCUAGUAAUGCUAUCCACCACUGCAAAUAAUAAAGUAAAAAACCCGAGGGUAAACGAAGUUUCCGACGCUCUAGAACGGGACGAAAGUGAACAAGAAAACACAACGGAUGAUAAGGUCAGAGGUUAUGUUGGUUCGUACGAUGCUACCUCGUCCUUUGGAGGGCCGUCCAGGGAUGGGCGGUUCCGGACCCGGGGUCGAGUCACUGAGUUUCGACCCUCCAGGGGCGGGCGCGGCGGCGGUAGGGGUCGCGUCGUAUUCCCGCCUCGGGAAGAUCUGGAAACCGUCGACAACUCCAGUAAAUUUCAUGAACCGUUAGCACAAUCUUCAAACGACUCAUGGUCUCAGGAAACAACCGGGAACAAGUUUUAUGAAAGACCGGAGUUAGUAGUCAACUUACCGGAGGACCCGCGAAUUUCUAAACUCUUGCGCAGGCUUUGCGCCGAAGUGGACGUCGAAAAGUCACUCGUCAUAUGUAGCAAAUUGCAAGAUGCCGUCAUGUUGCCUGAAAAUGCGCGCUAUAUACGCCGCUCGUACGCCAUCCUGGUGGAGUCACUACUGGACGUGUUGUACGACGCGCCCGGCCCGGAGACAAAGGAAGGUGCGGCCGUGGUGGUCGGCAGGAUCGGGUACGUCAUGGGAGUGGACUUCCGCAAACAUCUAGACUGGGUUGUGUCAACAUUUGCCUCCUGCAGUGCUUCAGUCAAAUAUCUACUUGCAUUCUCAUUCAUAGAGACUUUCCAAUUAGACUACCAGACACCCAAUCUGCAAGAAUUUGCCGAGAUAACUUUGGAAAAGCUGCAGACUAUGAUUGAAGGUACCGACUAUGCAGAUGUGUUCAUGGCUGCAAUAAAUGCCAUGAUAGUGAUGUCAAAUUCAUAUCCUGAAGACUUUGCUAACCAUUUCGUUGACACUGUUGACAUAUUGGUUGGAUGGCAUGUAGACAACACCCAACCCAAAAAAAUUAAGGAUUUUGCGUUGCAAUCAUUGCUAAAACUGAGUCGACAUUGGCAAGCUGAUGUUGGAUUUUCAGUUAGUCUGCUUAAUCAAUUUGUGGAAGACAUGGUGGCAUAUUCAAAUGACUUGGAGUCAGACAAAAAUGACAAAGACAAGGAAACUAAUUCUCGUGAUGAUGCCAUGCAGAAGAUCACAUCUUUCCUGAAUGUUUUUAAUACUGUAGUGAAAACUUUGGGUAACCUUCUAAACCCAACUGUGUCCAUCAACAUAGUGACAUGGUCAUUCUUGAGUGAAUCCUUUUCAAAAAUCCUUCAAGUGUUGAACAAAACUAUGAAAGAAGAUACUGAUUCAGACUUGGUAUUAGCAGGCAAUGAGUCCCUAUGCUUACUGUUGAAACAUUUGCAAAUGAAGGCAACAUCUUGUGCCGCUUUGCUAUACUCACUAAUAUACAUGCAAAUGAAAAAUUACUUAAAAUCUGAUGAAAAUGUGUGUUUAAGUGUGAUCAAUUUGAUAUCAACAACAAUAAAAGAAAUUGCAUCAAAUCUCCCUAUAGAUUUCAUAACCCAAACAAUAGGACCAAUGUCUCUGAUGCGUCCACUCCGGUAUUCCCAGAGCUCACAAAUAUUGUCUAGUGUGAUGUCUGUGUACAACAAUUUGUUGAAUUUGAAAAAUAUUCCAUUACUCCAAGAAGCCUACAAAUAUGUAUUAACAGAUAUACAGAACUCAUAUGCCAUCAUUAUACCUGAUGUUGUAGUUGUAAAUGCAGAUUAUUCUGAAGAAAUGACUCUAGAUGAUUCAGAAAAGAAUAUUAUAUUCUAUUUGCAAUGUUUGUCAGAAUUAGCAAAUGCCAGUAAUUCUAUUAUAGGCAUGUGGGCAUUGCAGCCAAGUAUUUUAGAGCUUUUGGCCAUCAAAAUGUGCCCACAUAACGAGAUUUUGGCAAAACAAACACCAGCCCUCCAAUAUUCAGUAUUAUAUUUGCUCUACUCACAUUCUAAGAAGAACAACCACUUCAUAGCGUCAAGUGAUCUUGUUACAAACACACAACAAAGAGCAAGUGACAUGUUUGGCUUGUCAAAUCUGAAUUUGGGAGAAGUGUCUGGAUCUAGCCCUACAUCUGGACAUCUUGCAGUUAUCUUGAACACUCUCAGCAUGGUGCUUGAUGAACAAGUGUCAAAGGAAACUUUGAUUCUUGUACUUAAUUGGAUUUCUGACAUAUUUUGCCAGUUAGACAAAUAUUUGCCAAUAGUAAGUCUUUCACAGAGUUUUCUAGUUUUGGUUACAAAUAUGCUGGCACUUGCUCACAGCUUUGAUACUGAUUUAGUCUUGCUUAUUAUAAAGAAUUGCCAACACUUAUUAAAAAAUAAGAGCUUGACCUGGAAUGUGAUGGUCCUGAAGACAAUUGCCACUUUAUGCGUAUUGCAUAUUGACAAUCAAAAUGAGAGUCUAUCAAAUGCUUGCAAAGAAGCUAUGUUUGAGUUGCCAUGGGACAUAGUGCAAUUGGAGUUUGAUAAGCAAGUUGUGAAAGUCUUUGCCAGCCGCAAAAUGAACUUGGCCAUACUUAAUAGUGACACAAAACUCAACUCUUUUAAGGAAUACCUAAUGCGUGGUACAUUUUCUGCAUUGUCUGAUCAUCAAUUCAGAACCAUUAUGAACUGCCUCCUCCAAUUGUCAUUCAAUAACAAAUGUUUCUUUAUAGAUGCGUUCCUUACCUCAUGGCCUUUACAAACUGCGGAAUCUGAUGAUAAUAAUUUAUUAUUCUUUAGACAAUGUGCCACAAACUUUACAGCAAUUUGUGUGGGUUGGGCUCUCUCUGAAUUAGCUCAAACAUGUGUCACAUUGAAGCUCAGAACAGUAUUGGGCAAACCACAAGAGACAUUCAUGAAAAUUGAAGGAGCACUAAAAAGUAUUGCUCGCGAAACAUCAUCUUUGGAAACUAAAUUUGAGGGUACUGAGGAACAUAAAUUGUUAGAUGUUAUAGUGACGGAACAAGUGAGAUCUAGAUGGAUCACUGAAUUCAUGGUUUUCUUAGAAAAAUACAUUUACAAUGCUGCUGAUGGCACUGCUAUUGUUCUACCGGCCGUUCCGAAACCUGUGAAAACGUUUUUCCACACCAACUGGCCGACUUGCCGCGAGUGGCUGACGAGAGUGCGUCUAGCGGCACUUGCAGUUAGUCUAUACGCUGGACACUUCGGUGCUGCUAUAUACCAUUCAUCAUUAAUUCUACAAACAGCCGCAACAUCCAAAACGAAUAUCGAUGUUGAAGCCAUCACUAUGAAUAUUGCUCGAGCAUUAAUCAAAAUCGGAGAGCCUGAAAUGUUGCAGGGACUUUAUGUUUGGGUAAAACGUACUUUUCACAAAAAAAUGUUAUGGCUGAAAGGUGCAGCAGAACAAGCCAAUUCUAGACACGAGUUAGCGAUCGAUUUCUAUAAAAAAGUAAGUCAGUCCAAAUUGGAAGACGAUAAUAAAGAAGAAGCUGCUGCAUCUCAAUCGGACUCUAGAAUUAAUAAGUUUAUUGAAGAACAAAUAAUAGACAGCUACAAACACAUUCAAAGCUGGGAAGAUAUGCAAGAGUGGAAAGAAAAUGAUUCGCAGAAUUCAAACAAUGCCCAGUGGAAUUCAUGCAUUGUAUUAAAAUUGUUUGAAGAAGGUGCUGAAAUUCCUCAUGAUUUAUGCGACUGGGAUAUUUUGAAUGUUGAUCAUAACGAAAUUCCAAAAAACACUUGCUCUUAUCAGGGUAUUUUGAAUAAGAUAGAAUCAACGUUACUGUGCACUGCACUGAAUGUUUACUACGACGAUUAUUCUGAAAAAUACGAAACUUUGCUCAAAUACUGCGAACAAUUGCUCAAUUCAGCGACUGAAGAGUUCUCCCGAAGCAAUUCGGUGCACUUUUUAAAGGAUGUCGCUGUUUUACAAUUAGCUAGUCAUGGAUUAAGACACGUUUUAAAGGAUGGAAGAACUAUUUCAAAUCCUUUUAAGCCCUCUGCUAUUAAAGACCUUAAAUACGUGAGUGAACUAAAAAACUUAACCAAGAUAUUGUGGUGGAAUCAAUACUUCACAAAAAUGAACAUGACUGAAGAAAAUGUUUUCUACAGCGAAUGCCUGCGUUUGGACGUCAUCAAGAGCGCAAGAAAACAUGCUAAUCUGCAGAUGGCCAAGAGGGAGCUCUUGAAUCAUUUUAAAUUAAAUUCUGCAUUUCAGAUGUGUUUAGGAAACGUCAAUAAUUUGGAAGAUUUAAGUGAAGUAUUGUUUAUGUCCACUAAUACUUAUGAAUUAGACAUUUGGACAUUAAAUAAUGCAACUGCUUUGACAGAGCUUUGCAAGUUGACUUACGCAAAAGAAGACACAAAGAUGCGCGCCAUCAAUUUAUGCGCCAGCAUUUCCCUGGGUUUUUCACAGAGAUUAGCAAUGGGAGAACAAAGCUACGAGCUUCGAGAAAAAGGUACGAGAAUGUUGUUGACACUGUCAAAAUGGAUCCAAAGCGAAAACGAAAAUGUCCUGGAAGGCGACACACCUUUAUGCAAAUUGGUGUCAGCUCUACCAGAAAUUGGAUUGGUUGAUAAUAACGUUUCCGAGAAUGUAAUCCCAAUUUCGGAUUCAGCUGUAGGAAAACUAUUACAAUUUGGAGUAAAUCAGUGCCCCGGAUUAGCUAAAGCCUGGGCUAGUUUUGCCGUGUGGUGUUUCAGAUGGGGGCGUAAAAUGGUUGAGUACAGUUCCAAAACUCGUGAGCAACUAACAGAAAACGACAAAUUGCAGAUAGAGAGCGUUAUGAUUGGAUGUUCUCCAGAGGACUUUGAAGCUGUUUGUGAGAUUUUAUCAAAAACAAAAGCUACUUGUGACGAUGAAGACAUAGAUUGGAACGAAAUUAAUACAUCAGAAAUGAUUGAAAGCCAGCUGAGAACUGUCCCGUCACUGUGCAAUGCUUACCCCGAGCACCUUGCAUUGCUUGUUGACAUCUGGCGCCAAGCACAGAAACGAGUAUUCUCUUACUUUGAGCUCUCGGCUGACGCAUAUUUCAAAUUCCUGCAACUUAUUUGUGCUUCUGACUACAUAAACCAUAGUGGUGAAAAUGCAGUUGUCAAUGCGACAUUGAGGCUCUUGCGUUUAAUUGUCAAACAUGCCAUGGAACUCCAGACUGUCCUUGAAUCUGGUUUAGCUAAUACACCAACACAACCAUGGAAAGUAAUCAUCCCACAACUGUUUUCUAGAUUGAAUCAUCCUGAAACAUAUGUACGAAAAUGUGUCUCAGAUUUGCUUUGUCGGUUGGCGGAGGAUACACCGCAUCUGAUUACUUUCCCAGCUGUCGUAGGAGCUGUUGAAAAUGAGCAGAAUGAACUAUCGGAGCUUAAUGCAGCUAGAUGCUUUUUAUCAAAUGAUGUAGGGAGUGGCGAUGAAAAUCUGGACACAGAGGACGCUGAGAGCGAGAAAGAAGUUAACAAUGAACUCAAUUCAUGCUUCCUUGAUAUGGUGGAGACAUUAGCCAAGCAGGCGCCGGUAACCAUACUUCAGGUGAAACUGUUAGUGAAAGAGUUACAGAGAAUAAACUUACUGUGGGAUGAACUGUGUCUCGGAACAUUGGUUCAACAUCAUUCCGAAUUUACCAAGAGGCUGACGCAGUUGGAAGCUGAAGUGACUAAAGUUAAGAAUAACAGCAACCUCUCAGCCGAAGAUAAAGAGAAUUUGAUUAAAGAAAAACAUCGUAUUAUAUUUGAACCAAUAGUGUUUGUUUUAGAACAACUUUAUCAGAUAAUAUCAGCUAAACCCGAGACGCCUCAUGAAAUUGCGUUCCAAACUAAAUUCCAAGCAAUGAUUGAAGAUGUUAUUGACAAACUUAAAAACCCUGCUAACCCAGACAAACCGCAAGAAUCGUGGGCACCGCUUAAACAAUUACAAAUAAAACUACAACAGAAAGUAAACAAAAGAACAUCUUACGUAUUAAAGAUGUCGGACAUUAGCCCCGUGUUAGCUGACCUGAAGAAUACGGUGAUAACAAUGCCGGGCGUGCAUACCAACCAGAGAACUGUACGAGUGACAAUUAGAUCUGUAGAGAAUAAUCUAGUUAUAUUACCGACCAAGACACGGCCAAAGAAGCUCAUAUUCUACGGUUCCGACGGCAAACCUUACACUUACUUGUUCAAGGGUCUGGAAGAUUUGCAUUUAGACGAAAGAAUUAUGCAACUGUUGUCAAUUACUAAUACAAUGUUGGCUCGAGACUCGGAGAACAACGACAAUCAGACUUAUAGAGCGAGACACUAUUCCGUGAUCCCACUCGGUCCCCGAUCAGGGUUGAUUAGCUGGGUAGAUAAUGUGACCCCAUUAUUCGCAUUGUACAAGCGCUGGCAAAAUCGUGAAGCUGCUAUACUGUCGGCCAAAACUAAUAAGACCGUCAACGUUUUACGUCCUUCAGAGCUGUUCUACAAGAAGCUGAACCCACUUUUGAAAGAAGCUGGUAUAUCUACGGAGAAUCGUAAAGAAUGGCCCGUGUCCAUCUUGAAGAAGGUUUUGCAAGAGUUGUCGGCGGAGACCCCCAAAGAUCUGUUAUGGCGCGAGCUGUGGUGCGGCAGCGUGAGUCCGGAGCAGUGGUGGCAGAUGUGCCGGCGGUACUGCUACUCGGUCGCCGUGAUGAGCACGAUCGGCUACAUCAUAGGGCUAGGUGACAGACACUUGGACAAUGUGCUGGUGGACUUAACGUCGGGUGAAGUGGUGCAUAUAGACUAUAACGUGUGCUUCGAGAAGGGCAAGACGCUGCGCGUGCCGGAGAAGGUGCCGUUCCGGAUGACACCGAACCUGGUCACCGCGCUCGGAGUCACCGGCGUUGAGGGCAUAUUCCGCCUGGCGUGUGAGCACGUGUUGCGCACGAUGCGUCGCGGGCGCGAGACGCUGCUUACCCUGCUGGAGGCGUUCGUAUACGACCCGCUGGUGGAGUGGGGCGGCGGCGGUGGUGGAGGCAAGCGCAGGCGCACGCAGCGCGACGUCCGCGCCGCGCUCGCCAUGAUGGCCGUGCGUGCACAAGAGUUGAAACACAGCCUAGAGGCGGUCACGGAACAAUUUCUGGCGGUUCUACCUGACAUCAAGGACGCCGCCGACAACUGGCUGAAAGAGCAUGAAGAGUUGGUGUCUGUAGAGACGAGGCUGAAGGACUGCCAUCAACAAAUGACACUCGUCAAGGAGAUAGAAGCUUACGGAUCGAAUCUGAACAACCAUCCUCUGUAUGCGAUUUCACAAAAAUAUUCCUCGUAUAAACAAGCCAAGAACGCGGUGGAUGAUUCACAGAAGGCAUUGGUGAAGAUACUAAAGGAUUUCGAUACGCAGAUAGAAAACUUUGCGAAUACGGCGGAGGUGAUCAACGGACCACAACUGAUGGCCUGGGUCCAAGAAUUCUCAGGGCCAGAUGAAAAUGAAGACGCCCCGAUAUUUGAACACAUCAGGGAGUUCCUUACUAAUGCUGGACAGAGUUCAAUGAUAUCUCAGUGCGAGGCGGCAGAGGCUGAGUUGUAUCAGACCAUGAAAAACACGCAUCUUCUAAUUAGGGCUUGUCUUGAGCUCUUAUCGCAACACGUCGCUGUGUCGCAGUACUUCCCACAGAGCCACACUGAAUAUCAUCGCAUUGCUAUGUUCAGGAAAUUCCUGGCAGCAGCCCUAGAGAGCAAAUCACCUGAAGUUUGCAGAGAAGUGUCGAGUCAAGUCAAUGCUUUAGUGAAUUCAGAAAAUAACAAAGCUGACUCAUCACAGCAAAUCGUUGCUUACAAUUACCGGUUACAAACAAUGAACGCUGAAGCAAAUGCAAGUCUCACGAAGGCUAUAGAAAAAUUGCAGUUAGAAGGCGGUCCUGAAGCUUUAGUUCUUGCACAAGAGGCGUAUCGAGAGGCCAAAGCCAAUGUAGGAAACUGGGUAAGGACCGAAGAAGGAGCCGCAUCUGCUUUGGAAAGUGUAGUCAUCGGCAUGCUUUGCGCGUUGAAUAGAAGAUAUUUGAUGCUUGAAAAUGGAGCUCAGAGUGCUGGAGACUGUCUUGUAGACUUGACUUCGAGGGAAGGCGAGUGGUUCUUGGACGACAUGAGCGGUCUGUCAAUGCAAGCAGUCGAGCUACUGUCGCUGCUGCCCCUGCAGUCGGCUUCAGCGGAGGACGCUGCGAUGUCCGUAGCAGUGGAAUGCGUACGGAAUGCGAACCUGCUACUAGCUGAUCUGGUCCAACUAAACUAUAACUUUAGCACAAUAAUCCUCCCUGAGGCGUUGAAGAAGAUCCACUCGGAGGACCCGUCGGUGUUGCUGAUGAUCAACGAGCUGAACGCGGCGAUCAUGAACACGCCCGUACCGCUCAACGAUCUGCUGCAGCAGUUGGAAAUGCAUUUGAGAUAUCUCAUCAUGGACAUGGAGUCCCCAGCGAAUACCGCGCAACUCCUAGCAGCCGAGCUUCGACAGCGCUACGAGGCCUUGCUCACGGCUCCUAAUACUGAGGUGGAAGGCCAGGCGGCUGGACGCAUGCUAUUGAUGGGUUUCAACGGACUAUUCGCCUCUGUGGAAUUACGAGCUCGGGAGUUGGCCGACCAUCUCGCCAUACCGAUAUCACCGGCUUGGAGGAAGAUUGAUCAUAUCAGCGAAUCUAUGCACAUGUCGGCCGCGCUGCAGUCGCCGGUGUUCCGCGCGGUGCUGGAGGACAUCUUCCUGGUGCGGCGCGUGCAGACGGUGGCCGAGGUGUUCGCCAUGUGCGCGCAGAUGGCCUGCGCCUUCAAAGGCGCCGGGCCCGCCGCGCUCUUCGACGACGCCGCCCUCUGCAAGCCGGUUCGCAGAUUCACGGCUGAAUACGUGUCGCGCUGCGUGCUGGGCGUACACUCGAAGGCGCUGGCGAGCGUGCUGUGCCUGCUGCUGCGCCGCGCCAGGCUCGACCUGCACGCAGAGGUCGAACAGAAGGAGAUCGGUGCGUCGUGGAGCGUGUCGCUGGAGUCGCUGUGCGAGAAGGUGUGCGGGUCGGGAGUGAGUGCGGAGCGUGCGGCGUCGCUGGCGCGUGCGCUGCAGGCCGCCGCCGCGCGCGCGCACCGCGCCCAGCGCGCCACGCACCGCCGCGCGCGCGCACUCGCCGCCGCGCGCACCGCCGCGCUCCGCGCCCGCGCGCACGCGCACCUGCACGCAGAGGUACUAGGCAACAACCAGGACACAUCAGGUGCACUGGCGCGGCGGUCUCGUGAACUAGCCGCCGCUGUCGAGCGCCUCACCGCCGCCACCAACAAGGCUCAUGGACUACUCACUGCUGCACAUCAGAGAGUGAAGUGGGGCGCGGGCGCGAACCCGUCGCUGGGCGGCGUGGUGUCGGUGCUGGAGCGCGCGUGGGCGGCGGCGCAGGCGCGCGCGCGCCGGGCGGCCGGCGCCGGCGCCGCCCUCGCCGCGCUCGCGCCGCACGCCGCGCCGCGACACCGGGCCGCGCGCACGCGCAGGACGCUCUCCACCGCGCUGCACCACUGGGAGAAGGCAUGCACUCUCGCCCAAAAGUACGCUCUCAACGUAUCACCAGUGGAGGAGGCGCUCAUGGAAAUGUUACAUCCAGAAGGAAACAUCGACACACAGUGGGUGGAGAAUGUGUCGGCGCUGUUGCGCGAGAUGAUAUCACAGCUGACAACUGACAUCGGUACACGCAAGAGCGGGGUGCGGACGGCAUGGUCGGCGCUGCGGUCGCGGGUGGAGUCGUUGGCGGCGCCUGCGGCUGCGCGUGCGCAACUCGCGGCCGACGUGCGUGCGCCCUUACAUGUGUUACAACAAGCCAAUCAGGAGGACAACCCGGCCGUGGAGUACGUCGCCCUGGAGAAGAAGGUGGUGGAGCAGCUGAAGGCGAUCUCGUCCGUGCGCGACGAGCUCGGCGCCGUGCGCGCCGCCGCACAAGCCGCGCAUGCGCUCCUCGACCACCUGCCCGCGCUGCACGCCAUGCUGCUCGAUUUGCAUAAGAACUGGCCAUCGGAGAGUAACGGACGGAAGUUGACAAGACAGACGGCGGUCACCACUCCUGCGCAGAGGAACGCUUGCCCUAACAGACAAGCGCGCGCCGAGCGCAGCGCGGUGGGCGCGGGCGUGUGGAAGCGCGUGCGGCUCAAGCUCGAGGGCCGCGACCCCGACCCCGCGCGCCGCCCCGCGCCCGCGCUGCAGGUCGAGCACAUCGUCAGCGAGGCCACCCACCCGGACAACCUGUGUCUGAUGUACGAGGGGUGGAUGGCGUGGGUGUGAGGGGGCGCGCGCCGCCCGUCCGCCCGCCCCGCGCCACCCCGCGCCCCGCGCCCCGCGCCGCCCGCGCCCCGCG